AUAUGGGCGCUAAAGUUGUAGAAAUUGUUCUCCCUACGGGAAAAUCAGUCAGGAUUUUAAAAUGGAAAGUCAAGGAAGGAACUAUUGUGUCUGUUGGACGUGUAAUAUUGCUAUACGAUAUAAAUCCCAACAAUGGGAAAGAAGAGCAAAAGAAAUUAAAGGCAAAUCAAGUUGGAACUGUGCGCAAGCUGUUAGCCAAGGAAGGUGAAAUUGUACAUCCAGGAGAUGUCCUGCUGCAGCUAGAGGAAUGCACACAUCCAACAGUGAUGAAGGACAUGUGUGCCGAGUGUGGCGCUGACUUGAGGAAGCAGGACCAGACUCUGCAGAAUGCUUCCAUCCCAAUGGUCCACAGCAUUCCAGAGCUCAAAGUCAGCAAAGAGCAAGCUCAGAUCCUGGGGAAAGCGGAUGAAGAACGCUUACUGAAAGAUAGGAAGCUUGUCCUAUUAGUGGAUCUUGACCAGACAUUGAUCCAUACGACAAACGACAAUAUACCUGCUAAUUUGAAGGAUGUAUACCACUUCCAACUUCAUGGCUCAGGGUCACCAUGGUAUCAUACGCGGCUACGACCUGGCACACAGCAGUUCUUAAGUGAGAUGAGCAAAUAUUAUGAGCUCCACAUCUGCACGUUUGGGGCUCGUAACUAUGCGCACAUGAUAGCCAUGUUCCUUGAUCAGGACGGGAAGCUCUUCUCUCAUCGUAUCCUCUCCCGAGAUGAAUGUUUCAACCCAAAUUCCAAGACUGCUAACCUGAUGUCGCUUUUCCCAUGUGGGGACAACUUGGUUUGUAUCAUUGAUGACAGAGAGGAUGUAUGGAACUUUGCUCCCAACCUGGUCCAUGUGAAGCCGUACCAUUUCUUCCAGCACACCGGUGACAUUAAUGCUCCUCCUGGUCUUGCCAAGUGUGAGAAUGACGAGAAGGAAGGUUUCGACUUCACUGGAAUAUCGGACACUAAAGAGCAGAAUUCAGUAAAAUGUGAAGUGAAGGAAAAUGGCGAAGUGAAGGAAUCCGGUGGAAAGUGUCGAACGCAUGGGGGGGAAAGCGAACGGGAGGAGGGUGAAUUAAGUGAAGACAGUCGACUGGGGUCUGGCGACAGCGCUAAUGGUUGUGUUAAGAAGAAGAGUGUGUCGAAGCCCUGCCCAGAAACUAACACAAAACUGGGGGAGAACCGGACGAAGGAAAGUUUUGGAGAUGCUGAACAAGGGGCUGAGUUGAGUAAGGAGGAUGUAAGUAUGGACGCUGAGAAGCAGGAGGGGGACAGAACGGCUUCAGGUGAUCUGACUUGUGAUCUGGACCUGUCUGAUGAAGAGGAUUCUCCGCAGUCUAAAGCUGUAGCUCUUGGGGAUAGUGAAACAAAACCAUAUAGAACUGCUGCAAGAGAACUUCCAAAGGAGGUAGAUAAGGGGGAGGAGGCUAUUGAGAGUGGAAGAAACCCUCAGGGAAGCGGGGAAGUGGUUGGAGAUACAGGUGGAGGGGAAAGUAAAGGAGGGGGAGAGGAUGAUUUGGUAGAAGUGGAGGACAGAGACGAUUACCUUAUGUACCUGGAGGAGAUCCUCAAAACAGUGCAUAAAGCUUUUUAUGAUCUCUAUGAUGAGUUGAACAGUGAAGUUCCAGACCUUAAAUCCGUGAUCCCCUAUGUGAGAUGUAAAGUGCUGGCAGGGACCAGUCUUGUGUUCAGUGGGCUUGUUCCGACGCACACUCCGCUUGAGAAGAGCAGGGCGUAUCUAGUGGCACGGUCUAUGGGAGCUCAGGUGACGCAGGACUUGACUCCAGAAACUACGCAUCUUGUUGCAGUAAGGCCUGGGACAGCUAAGGUGAAUUCUGCACGUCGAGUGGCACGUAAUGUCACUAUUGUUACACCUGACUGGCUCUGGUGCUGUGGAGAACGGUGGGAGAAAGUUGAUGAACGUCUGUUCCCUUUAUUGCGAGGUGGGGCUGCAAACAGACACCCACCAGCCCACUGUGGCAGCCCCGAGCACAUCCCUACACACCAGCAACCAGCACCAAGACGACGCACACCUAGUGGAAGGUUCAUGGACACCAUAAACCCUCUCAUGUCUUUUUCCUCGGAGGACAUAGCGAACAUGGAUAGAGAGGUGGAAGACAUCUUCAAUGAAUCAGAGAGUGAUGGAGAAGCUGACAAGACAGCACCUCAGCAGGACGAAGUGGGCAAAAGUCGAACGCAGGAUGUGGAGUCGGCUGAUGAGUCCAGUAGUAGCUCUGCUGACACUUUGUCAGGUGAACAUCCACAUGGCUGGGGCGAGUCGAGCCCAUCAAAACGUAAGCGACCAGCAGCUGGAACAUGUACCGAAUCGGACAAUGAGGAGGAGGAUGAGGAAGAUGAUAUGCCGAGCACAAAGUUCCGUCGUGGGGAGGCACUGCCAAGUGACCUGGACUUUGGAGAUGAUGAUGAUGAUGAUGAUGAUGAUAAUAAUAGUUGUGGCAGUGAUGAGCCUCCAGAUGAGAUUGAUGAUGGAGACUGGAACAUGAUGGGUGCUGCCCUCGAAAGAGAGUUUCUCUCGGGUAAUGGUGACUGAAGUUGCUUUACCAUAGCACAGGGUGUGUGGUGUACAAGAUGUGAGUCAUUUGGUUGAGUGGUUCCCAACAUGUGAUUCAAAUAAAAUGUAUGGCUCAUCAAGAUAGCAUCAAGUCUGAUCUCAUAUGACAAACCCAGUUUGUAACUACUCCUUGUACAAAUAUAAAAACUGGCUGAUAUUAUGUGGAAGAGGCCCAUGAAGCCAUAGAUUGCUCUGUGCUCUCAUGAGUCAGUAAGCUUUGCAAUGAAGGUGUAGUUAGUGUCCGACGUUUCUGAUCUGGCAGCAAGUGCAGACUGCUGAGGAAAUGGUAGGAUGAGGCAGUCAUGUAGCAUACUGAUUCCACCUUCGCACAGCUGAUCACCUGUAAAGAUUCCAUUGUAUGCGGUUGUUGUGAAAGCUUUGAAUCAUAAUUGAUAAGCUUUGCUUCCUGCAUUCCUUGUUCCAAAAUUUAUGCGUGGAAAGAAGUGUUGGAUGGUAAGUUAUGCCAGUAGCAUUCUAAACAGUUUGCAGACUGUAACAGUACUAUCAUUUUGUGAGUGAUAGCACAAAACAAGCAAUGCUACAUGCUUGGCAUACUCUUUGGCCCUGAAGAUGGAAGCAGUAUUCUCCUCCAGAAUACAUGGCAUCACAUUCCAGAAGACAGUCUUUCAAAUUACAUAAUUUUAAUGUUGCUGAGAUUGCCUGAAUAAGGUUCUUAGAGACACAAGAUGUGUAAAAUGAACAGCAAAUGUUUUAUUUGAGAAAUUACCUUCUUGCAGGCCAGCAGAAGGGAGGUGGAAAUGCAUAUCUCUACUUAUCUGUGUUCUGUAAACUGAAGGUAAACGCGUUAACAGACUCAUAUAAAACAUAUAUUUCACUGUAGCAGUACUGGAUACUUGUAAAAUUAUAUUAUGUAGGUCAUCCAGAAAGUUAAGACUGUUUGGUGACUAAAGAAAUAUAAACAAAAUAAAAAAAAAUUUCUCAUUAGUAUAAACCUUAAAUCAUUUUUCUAUAUAAUGGCUAUGAAGAUUCAAGUACUUGUAUUGUGUGAUGAUUUUCCAUAUGCCACAAGUCCAUUGAACCAGUCUUUAACCAUCUUCACUUCUUUACUGCUACGCGUGUGUACAGCCCAGAGGCUGCUUCAGGUGUGUGAACAAGUGAAAAUCAGAUUGAGUCGGGACCAGGCUGUAGGGAGGAUGGGAAAAAAAUAUCCCAGUCAAAGUGUAGGCGCUAGUGCUAUGUGCAAACGGUCUUUACUUUCUGAAUGACCCUCGUACAAGAAAUGGUCAGUUUUUGGAGCCACCUUUUUUUUGCAUUUGGCAUAGAUGGGUUCUUGGUCUGAAAAUGCUAAGACUAGGGCUCGCCAUGUUUUCUGUUCUGGGACGUUAUACCUUCAACAAGUUUACUGCAACUGAUUUUUAAUAGCUAUUCGUCCCAGGCCAAAUGACGAAACAAUGUUGUGUGGAUUGUGGCAGACACUGGUGAUGAUUGUAAUGCCUACAGACCAUAGCAGACACUUCCCUGGAGAUCGCACAGAACCAAUGGACACAUUAAGCAAAGCAUUGCAGAGCAGGAACUAUCCCCAUCUUGGUACAAGAUGAAGAGUCUAGGAGACACUGGUGUUUGCCAUGGCAGCUGCCAUGUUAAAUAAUACAAAAAUAAGUGAUAUACUCUUAAUUUAUAUAUAAUGAAGUACACAUUCAUGUAGCA